AUGAACAUAUCAUCUGAAGCAGAAGAAAUAGAAGACAACGAUGUUUAUCGUUGGUAUGCUGAUACAAUUGUUUAUCGUGGUUUUGGUCCAUUAAUAGCUUGUUUGGGUUUUGUUGGUGGAACACUAUCUUGUCUUGUUUUUCGUCGAAAAGCUUUAAGAAAAAAAUCUUGUUCAAUUUAUUUUUUAUUUUUGGCAUUAGCUGAUCUUUUAUGUAUGAUUUGUUGGCUCGUUCAUUUUGUUUUACCAACUUAUAAUAUUCAACUUCUUACAUUAUCAAAUUUUUUUUGCAAAUUAUUCGUUUUUUCUAUGUAUUUUGCUUUCGAUUUGGCUAAUUAUAUAUUAACUGCAUGUUCUAUUGAUCGUGCUGUAAGUGUUUUAUUUCCAAUUGGAAGUCGUAAAUAUUGUCGUCGUCAAAUCGCAUAUACAAUAACAUUAAUAUUAUUUAUAAUCAAUACAUUAUUAAAUAGUCAUUUAUUAUAUGGUUUUGUUGUAUUAUCUGCUAAUUCAACAUUACACACAAGUGUUCAAAUAUGCCAUCAUCGUUUUGAUUCGGAUAAAUAUCAAAAAUUAUUUUCAGCAUAUGAUUCUUAUGUUGAUGUUAUUAAAACAAAUGUUAUACCAUUUAUAAUAAUGAGUUUUUGUAAUUUAAUAAUUAUAAUUCGUGUGUGUCGAUCAAAUUCAUCAAUUAAUUUAAAUAAUGGUAAAUAUCAUUCAAGAACAACGAAAUCAAAACGAAAAUAUGAAAAAGAUCGACAAUUAACAUUAAUGUUACUUGGAUCAUCAAUUGCUUUUCUUGUAUUAACAUUACCAACUGAAAUCAAUGAUAUUAUUAGAUCAAAUUCAGGUGAAAAAGUUGUUAAUGAAAAAACUUAUUUAUUAUCAGCUAUUCUUCUUUCACUUGCACAUCUUAAUUAUGCUAUUCAUUUUUACAUCUAUACAUUAACGGGUGAAGUAUUUCGACAACAAUUAAUUAAAUUAUGGCCAAUAAAUAUAAUAUGGCCAUAUAUUAUUCGACUACUUCGAUGUAAACAGGAUGAUUCUUCAUCAACAAAUCAAAUAAAUAAUUAUCGAACGAGACAAUUUGAAAAUAAUUUAAAUACAGAUUUUGAUUUAUCGUAA